AUGGCCCAGACGCCCACUUUGCAUGCGGGCCUGGCAAGCCACCAGUCUUUCCGCCAGAAUCUGUACCACGCGCCCUCGGCAUCCCGAGUGAGUGAACUCGCGACAUCCAACAGCGAAGAAAAGCCGUCAAAGCACGACAAGCACGACAAGCACAAGUCACACCGACACCGCCACCACAGCAGUCGCCAUGACAAGGACAAGGAACACCGCCACAGCUCAAGCCGCCGACACGCAAGAGAAGUCGUGCAGUCGGCCAUACAACUACAACCGCCAACGAGCUUUGGGGAUCUGCUGAAGCAAGCACGAGGCAGCAAAGACACCAGCCCCAGCCACAGUCGCAAAGGAAGCAUUGCGCCAGGCACAGACGGCAAUGUCGAAUCAAAGGAGAGCCGUGAUGUAGGCGUUACAAUCCCGCCGCGGAGACCCCUCCGGCCAGAGGAUGUGGAGCUUGAGCGGAAGAGGGUCGAAGCUAGGGAAAGAGACCUUCGCACCGCCCUGAAAACCCUCUCCGACCAGUCGCUCAAGACUUCCCGCCGCCUCGAUGAUACAUAUUACUCCAUACUUGAGAAGGUAUCGGUGCUACGGCAGACGAUAGGCUCUUUGCAAGAACUGUCUGGGCUAACCAAAGAGCUCCACGACAAUUUCGAGUCGGACACGAAGGAGCUGAUCGACGACGUUCGGGGACAAUACGACGGGUUCGACAGUUUUGACAAUCAGCAGCAACAACUUGUCGACUUGGAGGAACGCAUUCACGUGGGCAAGCAGAAAGCGGAUUCUUUGACGCAUCGGCUCGCAAAGACCAAGGAGCGUGUCGAUGCGCGAGCUCAAUCUGAGCAGGAAUGGGCUGCGAGGAAACACCCGCGCAUACUCUGGGCCAUCUUGGGCUCGAUAGCUGCCCUCGUCUUCGCUCUGAUCCUCUUCCACCAGCUGAAGCCGAUCGAUGUCACCCAUGACGACAGACCUACUACAGAUUUCGCAUCAAGAGCUAAGAUCAUCAAUGCGCCUAUACCUGAUAUAGCGAAGCAAGCGAUUAUCGGUCCGACGACAAGCAAGUCUGAACUGGAGCCAAUACUGACACAUGCAGCAGAAAGUAUUGGUGACGACGAUCGGUUGAGGGUCUUUGACGAGUUGUAG